AGGAAGUGGGAGGCACAGUUCGUAGCUGCUGAUAACUCACUGCAACUGGACUCUGACUGAACAGCAUCUGAAUUCUCUUUUCACUCUCAAGUUGUGGUCCUUCUUCGCCACUUUAGUGUACUAGCGGGCUCUGUUCGGGCUUCUACCUGCGCUGUGGUCCACGUUGUGUCGCUGUGCCACUGCCCACCUAUCUGCUGCAAACAGGUUUUCUAGGGGGAAACAUUCCCUGCGCUGCUGCUUCCGCUGUUUGUUAGAAUAUAUUUUAAAAGCCUCGGUAAAGAUGCUGAUGAUAAUUGCGGAGUUCUUCGUGGUGAUUUUGAAGGUGCUCUGGGCUUUUGUAACGGCCGGGGCUAAAUGGAUUGUGCGGCCAAAGGAGAAGAGCGUGGCGGGACAGGUGUGCGUGAUCACCGGGGCUGGAAGCGGCCUCGGGCGGCUCUUCGCCAAGGAGUUCGCCCGGAGAGGAGCCAUCCUGGUGUUAUGGGACAUAAACAGCCAAAGCAAUGAGGAAACGGCGGAGAUGGUGCGGCAGAUAUACCACGAACUAGACACUCCCAUAACCAAAGACGGACCUGUUGGAGGGGUAGAGGAGGUUCCUCCUUUCAAGCCGCAGGUCUACACCUACUUGUGUGAUGUAGGAAAGCGGGAGAAUGUGUAUUCUACAGCUGAGAAGGUGCGUCGAGAGGUGGGAGAGGUGGACAUACUGCUGAACAAUGCCGGCGUGGUCUCCGGCCAUCACCUUCUCGAGUGCCCCGAUGAGCUGAUCGAGCGCACCAUGGUGGUCAACUGCCAUGCACACUUUUGGACCACCAAGGCGUUUCUCCCCAAGAUGCUGGAGCUGAAUCAUGGUCACAUUGUGACGAUUGCCAGCUCUCUGGGUUUAUUCAGCACAGCUGGAGUUGAGGAUUACUGCGCCAGUAAGUUCGGUGCCAUUGGGUUCCACGAGUCACUGAGCCAUGAGCUGAAGGCCUCCGAGAAGGAUGGCAUCAACAUGACUCUGGUGUGCCCUUACCUGGUGGACACGGGAAUGUUCAAAGGCUGCCGGAUAAGGAAGGAGAUUGAGCCUUUCCUGCCUCCCCUGAAGCCAGAGUUCUGUGUCAAGCAGGCCAUGAGGGCCAUCCUCACCGACCAGCCUAUGAUCUGUACACCUCGCAUCGUCUAUGUGGUCAACUUCAUGAAAAGCAUUCUGCCCUUCGAGGCCAUUGUGUGCAUGUACCGGUUCCUAGGUGCCGACAAGUGCAUGUACCCCUUCCUAGCUCAGAGGAAGGAGGCCAUGAACAACAACGAGGCAAAGAAUGGGAUCUAGGGGGCGCUGUUUGUAUCACGAACAGAGGCACAUAAACCUGCAAGCAUGAGGAAACAACCACUGAGGAUGAAAAUGGGACGAGAGGAAGAAAGAAAAGACUGAAUCGAGACUUUGCAAAGUUUGACCAUAUUGUUCCUCUGGAACAAAGAAAGCUGUGUGCUACACAAAAGAUUUAUUUCACUUUGUUUUGUCUUUUUUUAAAAGUUUGUUUAAAGAAACCAUCAUCUAUAUACUGUGUCACUAGUUUUUGAAAUCAUACAGAAAAGCUAUCCUAUAAUUAACUAUGUACGUAAUGUAGUCACCAGCCCUAUCUAGUGUCAUUGUGGAAAUAUACAGUAUGUUACUGUACAAACAGUAAAAAAAUGUUUUUCACUUUUAUUUAAUUUUUGUAGACAUGCACUGUAAUUUCAGAUUGUUCACUACACUGCCAGCAUUCUGUGUGUAGGAAGGUUCAACGCAGCAUUUCAGACCACGGCUCCCCAAGCUGAGGCUCCUCUUCAGGCAGUCAGGAAAUCGGUUUGCAGCAUAAUAACAAGGCUCUGAUUAUAGCUUGUGCCAUUUAAAAUGAUGCAAGAUAAAUGUCACUAUUAAAGUUGACCAUAUUAUGUUGUUGUUGUUAAAUACUUAAAGUUACAGACAUGUAGCAUAUACGGUAUGUUGAUAAUGAAGCGUGCGCAUUCCGGAUGGAACAUUUUAAGGCCAGAUUGCGGCCGAGUUAAAUCUUAACGGGAGUUUCCAGUGUAACGGCACUCAACAUGGUCCCGUUUAAUCGUCCUGUUAUUUCAGGUCUAUAUUAACUAACCUCUCGAAUGAAAGUGUGCACGAGGGAGUCGACGUCCUGGGAUGAACAAGCAUGUGUGACAUUCAGAAUGUACUGCUUCGGGAGAAACCGAGAGGAAAUACCUUUGUAUUCCUCUUCCAUGAUCUGUGGUGUUUAUAUUGUAAAUGUAUGUUACCAAUAUUAUUUGUUAAAACAACAACAACAUAGGCUGUAACUCCAGGCAAACCGCUGUCCCAACACUGAUGUGUGGUUGAGGGAAAUGUAUUAAAGACACUAGCGUUCCAUUAUUCUUUCCAAAGUAAAACUUUAACUCUGAUUCAUUGUCCAGUUAAAGUGAAAUGUCAAUGUUUAAAUGUUGUGAAUACCCCAAUAUCCCAAAUGACUGUCUCCACCAUAUUUGAUGUAUGAAUAUUUUAUAUAAACUUUGGGAUGACAAGAGUUUUUGAAUUUCAACUACAUUCCAAGAGGCUUCAUCCCUUCAGUCACAGCGAUGAGCCUAAAUUCUCUACCUCUUAAUUUUUGCCAUUUCUUUUUUUGUUUUGUUGACAGUAUGACAUAAGCCUCUUUUUUGUAAUUUUCUGAAGACUGCUCCAUAGCAGAGCAAAUGUGGUUCCAAUGUUUAGUGUCUCUACCUAACUUAAAUUAAUAAAAGUGAUUUAGAUUAUUAAA